UUCGUGGAGACAAAACAACUUCUCUGCCAUGGCGUCGUCGUCCUCCACCAACCUCGUGGCCCACCUGAGUCGCAGCGUCUCGGCGGCGUCCCUCCGCUCGUACUGCGCCGAGUUCAUCUCCACCUUCCUCUUCGUCUUCACCGCCGUCGGCUCCGCCAUCUCCGCCCGGAUGGCGACGCCCAAGGGGAGCGCCCCCGACGCGGCGUCGCUGGUGGCGACCGCCGUGGCGCAGGCGUUCGGGCUCUUCGCCGCGGUGCUGAUCGCCGCCGACGUCUCCGGCGGGCACGCCAACCCGGCCGUCACGUUCGCCCUCGCCCUCGGCGGGCACGUCGGCGCCGCGAGCGCCGUCUUCUACUGGGCGUCGCAGAUGCUCGGCGCCACCUUCGCCUGCCUCGUCCUCCACUACAUCUCCGCCGGCCAGGCCGUGCCGACGACGGGGAUCGACGUGCACAUGACCGGGUUCGGCGCGGCGAUCAUCGAGGGCGUGCUGACGUUCAUGCUGGUGUACACGGUGCACGUAGCCGGCGACCUCCGCGCGGGCGGCGGCGGCGGCGGGAAGCGGCGGGGGUUCGCGGCGACGGCGCUGGGGGCGCUGGCGGUGGGGCUGGUGACGGGCGCGUGCGUGCUGUCGGCGGGGUCGCUGACGGGCGCGUCCAUGAACCCGGCGCGCUCGUUCGGGCCGGCCGUCGUCAGCGGGGACUACAAGAACCAGGCCGUGUACUGGGCCGGGCCCAUGAUCGGCGCGGCCGUCGCGGCGCUGGCGCACCAGGUCCUGGCCUGCCCCCCGGACGCCGCCGCCGGGUCGUCGCGGCACGGGAACGUGGAGACGGUGGUGGUCUGACGCCUGACGACAUGGGAGCGUCCAUCCUGUCGUGGUGGACGUAGAGGCGUCUCUCUCUGUCUAUGUGUAGUUGUGUUGGACUCGUAUGUGCUGAUCGAACUUGUGUGUAGUUUUCUAGGUUUGCAAUUGUGUGAUCGUUGCUGUAGCAGUUUAUCUAGAUAACAUAGGGAACAAUGUUCAGUUCAGUUGGAUUGACGAUGUUGAUAAUAAUAAUUGACUCGUA